AUGGCACCCACGGACACCUUUCCUGACACCGGCCACGUGUUUUCAGAAAAUAGGCUUGGCCAGGGAAGAAAAGAAAACCUUCUGACAGGCAGAACAAGAGGUCAGGAAAUCCCAGGGCAGGAGGAGCUUUUUGGGAUCGGGCAGCGGUUGUCUCCAAAGCCCGGGUGGCCCAGAAAGAUGCUGUUCCGAACGGCACUCAUCCUGUGUUACCUGUUUGUUCCAAUGAUGCCUCUCGAAGAGCGGGCAUUUGCCACUUCCCCAAAGACGUUAGCCCAGUGCGGGGUCCGUUAUUCCCAUGGUGAGCGGGCACCUGUCUUUCCAUCAGGGUUCCGAUGCCUUUUCCACAAACAGCCCCACAUCGUCACCACUGCAAGGAUACACUGCAGAAGGGGAGAUGGUGGAAAGUCACUUUGGGGCUCCCCUGGAGAGAAAAGCGGGGCAGAAACGAAACGAAAUCCCCGUGAUGGCAUGGAAUGUGGUGGGGGCAGCCGCAGGAGUCCGCCCCCCUCGCCCCUGCCUUCAACGCCUGCGAGCCCUCUUUGGGCGAAGAAGAGGGAAAGUGACGUUCGCAUCUGUGGGGAAAGAGCCCAGGCAGCGGCCUGCAGGUGCCCCGCCCCCCCGAGUAUCUCUGAAGGAGACUGGGCUGCAGAGGCUCCAAUAGCGAGAGGCGCCUUCCCAGCUGACCCCACUGGUUUCGCUGCCCCAUCGAGGAAGACCGUCGACAACUCCAUUGAAGCCUACCUGCGCGAGAAGAACCAGGACCGGAAGCGCCAUCUGGAGUUCCUUGAGGCUGUGAAGACCGCCUGCCAGGGAGGGCGGAGAAGACUUCUGUUCUGCAAAGAGGUGGUGGGGGAGGCCAUCAAGGACAUCAUGGUGGGCUCCCUGCUGGAGGUGGGCCCGACCUUGCUCUCGGCCAUGGCCGCAGUGGAGCGCCUGAGCAAAUUCCAGCCGGCAUUCAGCGCUCCACUGCGCCGGUCCCUGGAGACCUGGGCGCUGCGCCUGGUGCUGGGCAGGAGCUCAGGCCCAGGAGAGGAGGGAAGCCAGGCUCCAGGGGAUGCGGCUGAGGAGGGUCUCCUACAAAUGCUCGGGGGCCUCCUCCGUGAAGACCCGUCUGCUGGGCACCUGGCCUCCAUCUUCGAACAACUGGUCUACUGGGCCCAGGUGGACUGGGAGGCGCCCAGGUACCGGUCCACAACCAUCAUCGCGAACCUCCUGGGCAUCAUGAGGGAGCUGCCUUCCAUCAGCAUCCUGGAGGAGGACGUCCUCGGCCACGUCGUGGUGCAGCUGGCGGUCUCCCUGGCCGACCCGGAAGAAGGCAUCCAGCAGAAGGCCAGGGAAGUGAUGAGCCAGCUGCUCACCAUGCUUCUCCACCGGCGGCGGGGGCUCAGAGGGAAGCGCCGGCGGCUACCUUGGGCGCGUGACCCCGAGCGGCCCUGGAGAGCGAGCUGCAUCCACCUGCUCACCACCGCUGAGGUGUUCCGGGCCCACCUGAGCAAGGGACAGCAGCUCUGCUUCCAGGAGGCCGCCCUGCAGCACGCCCUGUUUCAGGGAAGGAGGUGGACCAGGGAGGCCGGCCUUCUGCUCCUCUACGCCUCCAUCAAUCAGGCGCGGCCACUCCUGGCCGAGCAGGAUGAGGACUACCUGAAGGGGGACGUGGCCGCCCUCUUGUACGACCUUCAGACGGGCAGGCAGGUGCCGAAAGAGAUCGAGGCCCUCGUCCAAAGGACCGGUCGACCUUCUUGAAGUCCCCCUUCUGCCCGGGACAAGAGGAAAAGCAGGAGGGGCUAUCCUUCACUCAUACAAGCAGGGUAAGUAAGAUAAGAACUCAGAAACGAAUAGGUAAGUAUAGUAAGAGUGGUUAAGGAAAUAGGUGAGUAUGAUCAGAAAGGGACUGAUAUAUUAUCACCUAACUGUAUGAAAAUUUAAUUCAACUUACGAAAUUUGUGUGGAAUGGGAAAAAACCCAGGAUCAAGUACACAUCCCUGAUAGAUAUAAAGGAAAUAGGAGGCUUUGCACUCCCAGGUCUUAAAACAUACCAUGACGCGGCAGCGUUGGUACGGAUAACAGAGUGGAUACAACUAGAAAAUGAUGAACUUUUAAGCCUGAAGGUUAUAACAACAUUUCAGGAUGGCACGAAUAUCUAUGGCCAAAUAUAAAAGGGAAUUUAACAUUAUUCAAAAACCACCUAAUUAGGAAAGCUUUAUUAACGACCUGGGGAAAAUAUAAAUAUAAAAUCUAUAACAAGAUACCUUAUUGGGUAUCACGUUUAGAAAGUUGCAAGAAUUUACAAAAUGCAAACAAUGGCACUCGGUUGAGAUACAAGGAAAUAAUUGUAUGUGAAGGGAAUACGGUAAGACUGAAAGAAAGAGAUAAAAUUAAAUUUCAGGGAAAAGAAUGCCACUGGUUCACGUAUCAACAAAUUCAGCAACAACUGCAACAAGAUCUAAAAGAGUGGGGUAUAAGCAAUACUCCCACGGAACUGGACCAGAUAACAUUCCUUAGACCGAAAAAGAAAUUGAGUCAAAUAUAUAAGCUAUUAUUAUCUAUGAUUUUAGAAACAGAAAUAGUGAAAGAAACAAUGAUAAGAUGGGCGACAGAUUUUAAUAAAGAAAUUCAAUUGCAAGACUGGGAAGGAACCAUGGAACUGCACAAAACCUUCUCAGCCAGUUUGGAAUUGAGAGAAAACUUUUUAAAGAUCUCUCAUAGAUGGUAUCUAACACCUACAAUAUUGGCAAAGAUAUAUAAAGGUCAAUCUCCAAAAUGCUGGAGAUGUAAGAAGAAGACAGGUACUUUGUUACAUAUGUGGUGGGACUGUAUUAAAAUAAGGAAAUUUUGGAAACAAUUACACAGAGCAAUACAAGACAUACUUAAAAUUUCGUUUGAAGCGCCCCCAGAAUUGUACCUACUAGGAAUAGGAUUAAAAACGUCAUUAAAUAUUAAUAACGAUUUUUUUCUUUACGGUUCCACCGCAGCGAGAAUAAUAAUAGCACAACGUUGGAGAAAAGAAAAAGUACCGAAAAUAGAAGAAUGGUUCCUGAAAAUGACGGAAUAUCUCCAACACGAUAAGAUCUCCACCAGAAUUAAGGAAACAUCGUGGUCAAGAUUUCAAAGGACCUGGAAAUAUUACGUACAAUAUAUAGAAGGGGGACAA